UUGUUCUGCAGUGGAGCAUUAUGAGGAGGAGGCUGUGUUGAAUCACCUGCAUGGUUUACAGCUUGCACCCACACUAAAAGAUCUAGUUCGAGUGGUGCGCAGAGAGAUAGAAGUGGCAAUGAGCAAACUUGGGCUGCUGUAUGACCAUACAUUACACAUGGGCAUUUUUUCUGACAUGAUGGAGUCAGCAGCACCUUGCUCUGAGCAGCGAAUGCCAAAGCCAUUUAAAAAAACACGUGCCAUUUUGGUGGACUGGCUCAUUCAGGUUCAUGUGAGAAGCAUUAACUUCUCAGAGGAGACUCUGUAUUUAGCAGUGCACCUGCUAAACCGUGUGCUCCGGCUUAUCAAAAUCUCCAUCUCCAGUUUACAGCUUCUUGGUGUUGUCUGUCUGUUUCUUGCUGCAAAGAAAGAAGAGUGCCUGCUGCCAGAGGUAUCUGAGCUGUGCUACCUAACAAACACUUACAGUAAGAAGCAGUUGUUGCGGAUGGAGCGCAGAGUUUUGUGCACACUGGAGUUUGACCUGUCUCUCACACCACCCAUUCACUUCCUGCUUCUGUCUGCGUACAUUGCGUGCUGUGGUGAGAAGGUGAUCUGCAUGGCACGGUAUCUGUUGGAGCUCUCUCUCCUUGAAGCGGAGUGCGUGUGUUUUAUUCCAGUUCAACUGGCUGCUGCUGCUCUUCGUCUUGCACGCCAUCUCAUUCAGGAGCCACACACACCUGAGAGUGAGGCGGCCUGGUGUAUUGCAUCUACUAUUUACUUGGGCAGCGAGGCAACACUCUUCACAAUCAUGCACAUCAUGGCCGCUGCUGCAGUGCGAGCUCACAACCAAGAAACUCGAGCGACAUUUGUCAAAUUCUCUACAAAGGAGAUGCUGUAUGUGAGUCUGCAUCCUGCACUGAAGAGUGCUCUGUGCCUACUGAGCCUACAGACCUGAACAAUAUUAACAGUAAAAAAUAGUGUCUGUAACUGAAUGUUUG